ACGACAUUCAGGAGCCUGGCAAUAAAUAACGUUCUCAAGCCUUGCUUGGGACAUCUCAGAAACUCAGAAGAUAUCUGUUAGGUUUACCAGUCACCAUGUCUGACGAAAUCAUCCACAAUCCCGAUGUUCCAUAUAUCACCCAUUUUCACAGUUACAUCAAGACUGGCACCGUGUUUGUUAUCAGAGGCACUGUCCUUCCCUCAGCUGAAGGGUUUUUGUUCAGUUUUCAGUGUGGUAUUCCUGGAAAUGCUGACAUUGCCUUCAAUUUCAAUCCACGUUUUAAUGAAGGACAUGUUCUUUUCAACACACGGGAGAAAAACGUAUGGAGCCCAGAUGAAAAUAGGUACAAAGUGCCAUUUGCUACAGAACAACCUUUUGAUAUCCAGGUCCUAGUUACAGACCAAGAAUACAAAGUUUUUGUGGAUAAAACAUUCUUUCUGGAUUAUCCUCACAAAAUUCCUCUGACCAGAGUCUGUGCUUUUGGGGUAAAGGGCGAUGUGACUCUAAGUCGUGUGGAAAUCCAACCACAAAUGGUUCCAUUUCACCAUCAUUAUUUUCCUGGAGGACAACAGGAAAACACUGUUCCAUUUGGCACCAAGUUUCCUAGUGACAUCAAGGUUGGCACAGUGUUUAUUAUCAAUGGCACUGUCCCUCCAUUAUCUGACAGGAUUUUCAUGAAUUUCAUGUGCGGUAGUGACAAAAGUGAUGAUAUUACUUUCCAUUUCAAUCCUCGUUUUGAUGAAGGAAAACUUAUCUGCAACACAAAGAGAAAUAACGCUUAUGACACCAAUGAAGAAAGGUCACCGCUGCCACUUAAAAAAGAAGACGCUUUUGAAUUUCGGUUCCUAGUAGAAGAGCACGCAUAUCAAGUUUCUUUGAAUGGAGAUCAUCUUUUUGAUUAUUGUCACAGACUUUCUCCAGACACAGUCAAGACCUUAGUAAUAAUGGGCUGUGUUCUUCUGAACAGCGUUGAGAUACAAGCAGAAGCGUCUGGAUUCCAUCAUCUUUAUUUUCAAGAUAAACAAAUCCCAAAGACUCUUCCACUCCUGACCCCAUUUCUGGUUGGCAUCAGAGAGGACACCGUGGUUAGGAUUCGUGGCACUGUCCUACCAGCGACUAAAAGCUUUUCCAUAGAUGUUCAAUGUGGUGAUAAGGACAAGGAUGACAUCGCCUUCAAUCUCAAUAUAUUUAUUAGUAAAGGAAAUAUUUCCUGCAAUACAAUGGAAAAUGAAAUCUGGGGGAAUGAAGAACUCAAAGAAGAGAUGCCAUUCAAAAAGGGAGAACCCUUCGAAGUCCGGAUCCUAUUCGCAAGCCAAGAAUACAAAGUUUCUGUGGAUAGAAAUCAAUUAUUGGAAUAUGGUCACAGAAUUCCUGUGGAGCGGGUCAACACUUUAGCAGUACAUGGCCGUAUUACUGUAAAUACUGUGGAGAUACAAUCACAAGGGGGUGAAUUCCCUUAAAACCUCUCAAAACUGCUGACAGCUCUAUAUAGGUGACGGAAGAUAAGUGUAAUCAUACCUGGGUCAUCCAUCUUUUAUUAACCCUCCCACCGUGAUUGCAAGUGUCCUGGAGGUGGUCCCUUUCUGUUCAGUGCCCUGGCUUCUCUCCACUGAACCGUUCCCCAAUCUUCCUCUCUGCUCUGAAUGGCGGCUCUAGCGUUCUCCUAAUUGGCCACUAAAGCCUCAUUUUGAUGUGUUGAUGCAAUAAAAAAAAU